AUGGGUCAGCUCGCUGAGUCAUCUGAGAGCGGAUACAAUGACGCUGGCUCGGAUUCUGCUAAUGGUGAUGUUGAUGCCAAGGAGGGCUUUGAGGUAGAGGGCGACGACGACUCCGGUUCCGAUUCUAAUUCAGCAUCAGAUUCAGAUAAGGGUGCGGAUGGAGACAGCUUUUUGUCAGGGGAUGAAGUUGCGGAAGAGCAAACUGACCCACCAGUUGAGAUUGAGCACUGCAAGGAGGAUGAGUCUAAAGGCACAGAACUUGAGAUAGGAGCAGUGUUGGCUUGUCUCCUCUCAAAUCCUCAAAUCACAUCGGAGUGCUUAGGGGAUGAUUUCUCUGUCUCCAUGAUUGGGGAUCAAACAGUUGUGGGCCCUUCUUCUGGCAUUCUGGAUACAUCCAUCGCAUAUUCCCUCAUCUGGUCACCAAAUAUGGACAAGAGUUGGAUGUCAAUUAGGAAUAGAUUGAGUUCGGAGUAUAGAGAAGGGGUUAAGUCAUUUCUCCAAUUUGCAAUGACAAAUGUUGGCGUAGAUAAUAGAAUUCGUUGUCCGUGUAUGGAUUGCCUAAAUUUUGAACAUCAUACCUUUAAGGAUGUGGAAUAUCAUUUGAUCCGAAAAGGGAUAUCACUUUCAUACAAGACUUGGGUGCACCAUGGGGAAACUGUUCCUGUCAAUCAACCUCGUGUGUGGAAUAAUGACAAUGACAUUGAAGGUGUUGGUGAUGAAGGGACCCUUCACAUUGAAGAUGAAUUAAAUGAUAUGUUAGAUGACUGUCACAUGGCGCAUAUUUUUUAUGAUGAUGAAGAGGGUGAACAGAAUGAUAAUGAGCAAAGAGAAGAUGGACGAAACUUUGAUAAAUUGUUAGAGGAUGCUCGUCGUCCAUUAUACCUUGGCUGUCAGAACUUUACUUUGUUAUCAUUUGUCGUUAAGAUGCUUCAUAUAAAAGUUUUAAACAAGUGGAGCAAUAAGUCUUUUGACAUGUUGUUAGGCGUAUUGAAAGACCUUUUACCAGAAAGUGAUCAAAAGGUUCCAUGGACCCUUUAUGAAGCGAAGGAAUUUUUACGUGAUUUGGGUUUAGGAUAUGUGCCUAUUCAUGCAUGUAAGUAUGAUUGUGCUCUUUUUUGGAAGGAAAAUGCAAAUUUAGAAAAUUGUUCGAUUUGUAAGGAGCCUAGAUACAAAAUGAAUGAUGGCAAAGGUAAGAAGAUACCUCAUAAAAUCUUGAGAUAUUUUCCGUUGACACCAAGGUUGCAAAGAUUAUACAUGUCAAGAAAAACAGCUGGAGAUAUGCGAUGGCAUAAAGAAAAACGUGUUGAUGAUGGCAUCUUAAGGCAUCCAGCCGAUGGUGAGGCGUGGAAGGAUUUUGAUAGGCAACAUGCUGUGUUUGCCCAAGAACCACGUAAUGUGAGGUUGGGGUUGGCCACCGAUGGUUUCAACCCUUUUGGAAAUUUGAGCAACUCAUAUAGUAUGUGGCCUGUGGUAGUUAUGCCUUAUAACCUACCACCGUGGAAGUGUAUGAAACAACCAUUUUCCAUGAUGUCAUUGCUUAUUCCUGAACCGCAAGCACCCGGGAGAGAUAUUGAUGUUUACUUGAGGCCAUUAAUUGACGAGUUGAAGGAGUUAUGGGAAGAUGGUGUAGUUACUUAUGAUGCCUCAACUGGGGCAAGUUUCCGAAUGCAUGCAACUGUUAUGUGGACUAUUAAUGACUUCCCUGCAUAUGGUAACUUGUCAGGGUGGAGUACGAAAGGAUAUUUGGCUUGUCCCAAUUGUAAUGAGAAUGCAUCAUCACAACGGUUAAGAAGUAAGAUAGGAUACACUGGUGCUCGCCGAUACUUACCUGAAGACCAUCCUUGGCGAAGAAGUAAGCUCUUUAAUGGUAAGGCAGAUGAUCGAGCAAGACCUUCGGAGUUGUCAGGGGAACAAAUUUUAAAUCAAUUGGAUUCAGGAACAUUUAAACCAUUUGGGAAGCAUCCAAGCAACCAAAAAAGAAAAAGGGAUGAAAAUACCGUCCUGAAUUGGACAAAGAAAAGCAUAUUUUUCGAAUUGCCUUACUGGAAGACACUCAAGUUACGACAUAACCUCGAUGUUAUGCACAUAGAGAAGAACAUAUGUGAUAAUUUAAUUGGGACUUUGUUGAGCAUUGAUGGGAAGAACAAGGAUACGGAAAAAGCACGCAUGGAUUUAGAGGAUAUGAAAAUUAGGAAGGAUUUGCACUUAAAGAGGCGCGCGGAUGGGUCCUUUGAAAAGCCCAUUGCAUUGUUCACAUUGUCCCUAAAGGAAAGACAAGGUUUUUGUGAGUUCUUAAAAUCGAUUAGGUAUCCUGAUGGGUAUGCAGCAAACAUCUCUAUGUGUGUGAGCACAAAGGGCGGCAAGUUAUCCGGUUUGAAAAGCCCUGAUUGCCAUGUCCUUAUACAACGACUUCUUCCUAUUGGAAUGCGUGGGUAUCUUAACAAGGACAUUUCUAUUGCAUUGUUUGAGUUGGGAAAUUACUUUCAACAGUUAUGUUCAAAAACAGUGAGGGUGAAUGAUUUGAAAAAAUUACAAGAGAGCAUAGUACUCAUACUUUGCAAGCUAGAAAAAAUUUUUCCACCAGCAUUCUUUGAUGUGAUGGUUCACUUAGCUAUUCACUUGCCUCGCAAAGCCAUUCUUGGAGGGCCAGUGCAAUAUCGAUGGAUGUGCCCUAUCGAAAGAUUACUCGGGAUUUUGAAAGGGUAUGUAGCAAAUCGAGCUCACCCAGAAGGUUCAAUUGCAGAAGCUUACAUUGUCAAAGAAUGCCUAACUUUUUGCUCUAUGUAUCUUGGUGGGAUUGAAACUAUAUUUAAUAGAGAGGAAAGAAAUGAAGAUGGUGGUGAUGUUGGCUUAGGGCAUUCAGUUUUUUCACAAAAAGUCCGUACUUUUGGGCUCACUCAAAGGGCAGUUGACAUGUCUGAGAAUGAAAGAAAAAUGGCUCAUUGGUUUAUCUUGUAUAAUAGUCCUGAAAUUGAUGAAUAUCUAGAAGAACACAAGAAUCAGUUACAAAAUGCAAAUGUACAUGACAUUACAAGACAACAACAAGAAGAAUUUCCUAGGUGGUUCAAAGAGCGGAUAAAUCAAUUACGAGCUGAAGGAUCAUCGGAAGCAACUGAUGAGUUGUGGUCACUAGCUAAUGGUCCUAGUCCAAUAGUGAAUAUUUAUUCAGGUUGUAUUUGUAAUGGCAUUCGAUUCCACACGAAAGAGCGAGACAACCGUCGUAAAAGUCAAAAUAGUGGGUUGGUUGUUCGAGGGGAUCAUCAUGGUAUGUCAAUUGAUUUCUAUGGUCAGUUGACUAAAGUUUAG